UAUCACUUUUUUUUUUCUUCAACAGCCCAGCAACCCUGACUGAAAGCUACCUCAGUUCAGAUCCAACUCCCAUUAAAUUACCAUAUUACCACCGAUCCACAAUCCCACAAUUAAACACCUUUCUUCACAUUUUUCCUCUUUCUUCAUAACCAAUUCAAUUCAAUCCAAUAUAUAUAUAUAUAUCAAUCAUUACAGAGGUUUAUCUAACUCUGUCAUAACUUGGAACCUUUGCCCUUCCGAGUCGACUCAGAAAAUCUCUCUUUCGAAGGAGGAACCACCAUCUAUGUCGAUUCAUGGAAGAUGCUGUUGAGUAUGGAGUCGCAGCCUUCCCUAUCAGGAAGGUCCUCGACCAAGCCUCCAAGUAGAUCUAACUCCGAUGCUAAUGCCUCAUCUGCCAACACUAGCACCAGCACCAGCCAGAGCCUUUCCUCCAUUCUCAACAAUCCUAAUGCUUCCGAAUCGGUCUCUUGGAUCGGCUGGUGGUCCUCCUCCACCUCCGUUGCACCUCCCGAGUUCACUCCUCUCUCCUCUAAAGCUUCCUCUGAUGUUUCUCGAUCCGAUUUCCAGCCCUACGUUGCGUCGAUCUCUGAUCCCUACAAUCGUUUUGAAGACAUACGGAACCAUUCGAGCAAGGAGAGUUUGGAUUUAGAUGGUAUCGGCGGCCAAGGCGAGGCGCUCGUUGCUUGCUUGAGAGAAGUUCCGGCAUUGUAUUUUAAGGAGGAUUUUGCGUUGGAGGAAGGCGCCACGUUCCGCUCGGCCUGCCCGUUCUCGAACGUGUCGGAGAAUCUGAUGCUGCAAGAGAAGCUUUCACAUUACUUGGACGUGGUCGAGCUUCAUUUGGUGAAGGAGAUCUCGCUGCGCUCCAAUUCAUUCUUCGAGGCUCAAGGCCAAUUGCAGGACUUGAAUGUAAAGAUCGUGGAAGGUUGCAGUCGAAUACGGGAGUUGAAAGAGACCAUUAGGCUUUUGGAUGUGGAUUUGGUUGAGUCCGCCUCGCAAAUUCACGAGUUCAAUGCCACCAGGAGCAAUCUCUUGGCUCUUCAGCAGAAGCUGAGGCUUAUAUUAUACGUCAACCAAGCUCUUUCCGCUCUUAAAUUGCUUGUUGCAUCUACAGAUUGUGCAGGAGCCCUGGAUGUGACUGAUGAUUUGCAACAAUUACUGGAAGGGGAUGAGCUUUCUGGUUUACAUUGUUUUCGUCACCUCCGGGAUCAUGUAGGAGCGGCAAUAGAAUCUAUAAACAGCAUUCUUUCAGCAGAAUUUAUGCGUGCUUCAAUACAUGAUGCUGGGGAAAAAGACUUUGGUAUCUUAUCGGAGGCUAAAGCAAGGGCAUCAAUUUCUGCAAAUGGAAAAGAUGCUGAAGUGAAAUUGGACGAGGAAGAAACCUCUAGUUUUCGAGAUCGUCUUCUCCCUGUCAUCAUCGGAUUGCUCAGAACUGCUAAGCUCCCUGCUGUUUUGAGGUUGUACCGUGACACACUUACUGCUGAUAUGAAAACUGCAAUUAAGAAUGCAGUGGCAGAGCUACUACCAGUUCUUGUUUCUCGUCCUCUGGAGUCAGAGUUGGCACCUGGAGAGCGAACAGUUGAUGCAGAUGGUGCAAGUGCAUCACUUGCAAGCAAGUUGAGGAGCCUGUCAUCUGAAAGCUUUGUUCAACUAUUGAGUGUUAUUUUUAUGAUCGUACGGGCACACUUAGUGCGGGCUGCUGAAGUGAAAAAAGCCAUUGAGUGGAUUUUGUGCAACCUGGAGGGUCACUAUGCUGCGGAUUCAGUUACUGCUGCAAUUGCUGUUGGUGCUGCAGCAGCAGAAACAGCAGAAGACAAUGAUGUCCAAGUUGGUCUGCCCUACUUGUCACAGAAAAGUAAUUCAAAGGUUCCUUUGCUUCAAGGAAAAGUAAAUGAUGCAGCAAGCCCUUCAAAUAUGUCUAAAAAUUUUAGGGCUGAUGUAUUGCGAGAAAACACAGAAGCUGUUUUUGCAGCAUGUGAUGCUGCUCAUGGAAGAUGGGCGAAGUUACUUGGGGUUCGUGCUGUCCUCCAUCCUAAGUUGAGACUGCAGGAAUUUUUAAGUAUAUACAGCAUCACUCAAGACUUCAUAACAGCCACAGAGAAGAUAGGUGGAAGAUUGGGGUAUAGCAUUCGAGGAACACUGCAGUCUCAGGCCAAAGCCUUUGUUGAUUUCCAGCAUGAGUCUCGAAUGACAAAAAUCAAGGCAGUGCUUGACCAAGAGACAUGGGUGGAAGUAGAUGUCCCUGAUGAAUUUCAGGCCAUUGUCACUUCCCUAUCUUUUUCUGAAGCAUUGAUAUCUGAGGAUUCAGAUGAUGCUCAAGAGAAAUCUGCACCUGUGUCUGAGACAAUUGAAAAGAACAAAGUUGAUGUUAUAAUUUCUUCGACUGAAAACAAUCAUACCAACACAAAGGAGCGUGGAAAAUCCACAUCUCAAACCCUUUUGUACAAAGAUGUUGGGUAUCACAUGGUAAACUGUGGCUUAAUAUUGCUGAAGAUGUUGUCAGAGUAUGUUGACAUGAAUAAUUCUUUGUCAACACUCUCUUCAGAAAUUGUUCAUCGCGUUGUAGAAAUAUUAAAAUUCUUCAAUACAAGGACUUGUCAACUUGUUCUUGGUGCUGGUGCCAUGCAGGUGUCUGGUUUGAAAUCCAUCACUUCAAAACAUUUGGCCCUGGCAAGUCAAGUAAUCAGUUUUAUAUAUGCCAUUAUCCCUGAUAUCAGACAAAUUCUUUUUAUGAAAGUACCUGAUACUCGAAAGGCAAUGCUGCUAAUGGAGAUCGAUCGAGUUGCUCAGGAUUAUAAGGUUCACCGAGAUGAAAUACAUACGAAACUGGUUCAGAUAAUGAGAGAAAGGUUAUUGGUACAUCUUCGUGGCUUACCACAAAUAGUGGAGAGUUGGAAUAGACCUGAAGAUGCUGACCCACAGCCCAGUCAGUUUGCUCGUUCACUUACUAAGGAAGUUGGAUUCUUGCAACGUGUUUUAUCUCGAACUUUGCAUGCUGUUGAUGUUCAAGCAAUUUUUAGGCAAGUAGUUAUAAUUUUCCACACACAAAUUUCGGAAGCAUUCUUGCGCAUGGAGAUAAACACUCCACAAGCAAAGGAGAGGCUACAUCGGGAUGUCAAACACAUUCUUGGAUGCAUUCGGUCGUUACCUACUGAUAACUUGAGUGAAUCCAGUACUCCAAACUGGGGUCAACUAGAUGAAUUCUUGGCGCAGAGAUUUGGAACUGAAGAUGGUUAAAGCGUUAGUGUGUGAAGUAAAUUGGUUCAUUGUAUUGAUAAGGCUAAUUAGAUACAAGGCAAGGUAUUGGGGAUGUCAACCAGUUUUUGCCAAUGCAUUUGUCUUGUACAAUUAAAUUCAGGUAUCAAGGCUCGGGACGCAUUAUCGCUUUUUUGAGUGUAAAUUAUACUAAACCCUCUUAAGCUUCCAUUUUUUAUCCCACAAAUUUGUAAGAAUUCGUGUAAAAGAAUCAUAGAAAAGAUUAAAAAAAAAAUUGCUGGCUUGUGCUGUGACCAAACGA